AUGGACUACGCGGAAACCAUCCAACAGAACAACUUCAACCUCGCCAAAGCUCUGGUGACCCAGAUCGACUACUUGGCAGGUUCACAAGCAGAUGCCAUGUGUAAAGUCACCACCUUCUUUGCCGAAACCAUGGCCCAUCGAAUCUUCAGAGUCUAUCCUCAGUCACCGAUCGACCACUCUUUUUCCGGCAUGCUGUACAUCCACUUCUACGAGACCCGACCCGACGCGAUUGAGAAUGUGCUAUUAGUGGUGAAGCAAAUGAAGCCAAAGAUUGUGACCGUGGUGGAGCAGGAGGUGAACCACAACGGUCCGAGUCGAAGAUCUGAAGGAUGA